UUCCUUCAAGGGCAAAUCCCGCUGACGGGGGAGCUUUUGGUGGUGGUGUGAUUUAAAUCCUGUUUGGGAGUGCAGCGAGGCCCUCAUGUACGCCGAUACAACCGGUUUCCUGACUGAUGCUGGAUGUGGAAUGGAGUAACGCUGCGCUGCCAGUUAGAUUCCCAGAGUAGCACGCGAGAGAGAGAGAGAGAGAGCGAAAGGUACAGGCAGACAAAGGUCCUCCAGCCAAGCAGGCGAGUUGAAAUGGCGCGACUUGCGCCAUUAGAUGGACAGCAAGAGUUUUUUUGUUUGUGAGGGGGGAGAGCAGUGAAAGAGCGCUGACUAAUCGCUCGUGUGUUAGAGUACUGAAGGAUGAUGAACUGCAGAAACUUGAUGGUAAUUGGUCGGGAGCCUAGACGUGCUCUUGCUUGACGAAGAGGCUGCACUUCAAACGCCCUUUAAUUUAGAGAAACCUUUCCAACACCAUUCAAGAUUAACUAUCCUGGUUGAUUCGAAAUUCAGGCAAUGGUACAAAAAGGAGUUCCAAGAACACCUGCAAGAAGGAAACACAUUUUUCAUUUCAGCGCCAUUUGUAUCGUGGCAAGUGUCUUUUUUUUUUGGGCUGAUUUAAAAGGGAAAAAAAAUUGCAUGUUUUGGAACACAAUUGGAGCACUGCAAAUGUUUGCUUGGAAUUGCUACCGUAGAAUUAUAGAGUUGAUGCAUCACUCUGCUCUUUCUGAAAUUUACUUUUACCAACAUACUGAAAUUUUAAACAAGCUCAAAAAAUGCAAUUUAAGUGGUUAAGAAUACUGCUGCCAAAAAUGGAAAGAUUUUCACAGGAGAGUGUUGCUUGUAAUACAGAUGUCUCAAUGAAGUGUGGUACUGGAAGAAAGCAGACUGCAAGAAAGGCUGUAGGAAUGAAGAAUCUUCUUGAUCCUGCACAACAGAAAGCUAAACAGAACCCUGUAAUGAGUGAAAGGGGAACAGAAAGUUCUGAUCAUCGGAAAGCAUAUGGAAAACAGAUUACUGAAAUGUUAAUGUUUUGUGUUAAGUGUAAAGAUGUUCAGAAGUUCAGCUUUGCAGAACUCAAGGAACAUUGUCAACAGAAACACCCUGAUGAUAAACCCAUGUUUGUUUGUAGCAAAUGUGGUUUCACUGUGGAUGAUGUAGAACGAAUGAAUGUUCAUGCAAUUUCACAUAAAGUAGACAGUUCUUUAAGCACAGGUCCUGGUAAUGGCAAGGAAGGCCAAUCCUCACGUGUAGAGGGAAAACAACAUAAAACCAGACAUUUAAAGCCAGAUACAUUGUACUGUAAUAAAUGCAGGUUUUCAACAAAAGAUCCUCUUCAGUUUCAAAAACACAUGCUGAGGCAUGAUGAAAUACAGUAUAAAUGUGGACGGUGUGAUCAUGUUUGUUAUACAAGAGGAGAAUUCCAACGUCACUCUGUACAACAUACUGGAACGUUUCCCUUUAAAUGCAGGUAUUGUGAUUAUGGUGCAGUACGAAAGGAUUAUGUUGUGAAACAUACCAAGGGAGUGCAUAGAGACAUUGUAAAAAAUGGUGGAUCUGUCCUUGUUCUACCAAUGCGGAAAGGUCAUAAGAAAGCUUUCCCUAAACCGAAUAAUGGCUUAAAAGGUAAGCAAACAACAACUUCACAAAAUGAAAAUUCUGCCAGUAUGAUCUUAAAUGAUCAAGUGACAGAUUCGGUGAAUAUGGCUCCAAAUCCCCAAGAGACUUCCUGUCAACUCCAGGACUUGGAUAUUGCUGUUCUUCCACAGGCAGAUAUCACAGUUUCUGGUGAAAAUAAGUGCAGUGAUAAAACUGUGCAAUAUGUUAAACGUUCGAACUAUUUUUCCACAGAUGCUAGAAGGAUUCGCCUGCAGGUACUUGCAAAUUCUAAGCACGUUGUUCAGCCUGGUACUCCCUUAACCUUGGUUACCCCAGCACAAGUAGUUAUUCCUUCAAAUUGUUUGGCUCAAUUAAUAGAAAUAAAAUCUGUUAAUGGAAAGCAACAAUUGGUGUUCAAGCUAAUACCACAAGCCUCAGCAAGUGCUUGCCCUGUCCUAGGCUCUGAUGCAUCAGGAAUAGCGCCUUUUUCUUCUCAAGAAAUGGAACAAGACAUGAACAUAAAACUUGCAAAUCGACAAAAGAGCAGCAUGUCAAAUAAUUCACCUACAUUUCUUCCAAAAAAUGUUGAUCAUAAUUUAUUUCCCCAUUUUGAUCAUCUGAAGGAGGAUUUUGACACUGAUCAGAAUGGUAUGGUAAUGAAUACUAAGGCAAUCUAUUCAACUUCUCAUAUUUUAGAUGAUAAAAUAACAAGCUCUUCCAUAUUGGAGUUCAGAAACAAAAGUAAUCCAAAAUGGAAACAAAAGGUAAUUACAGACCAACUGCAAGGCGGAGAGUCAGUGACAACUGAUUCAAGUUGGGCUUCACAGCAGAAUGGCUUUCUAUCACCAAAUAUUUUGGGAAAAGCAGUGCAUUGUGUUCUAGAUGGCAAAACCGUUGUACCUAAUUUGAAUCUAGAUACCCAAGAGAUUAUUACUCAAGUUGAUAAUGAAUCCUUAACUUUCUCCGGACAUAAGGAAAUGCAGAAAAGUAAGAGCCCAUAUUUAACUAAUGAAGUUGCCACAGGCAAAGGACAAGAAUCUGUUUCAAAUUGUGAGCAACCUUUCCCAUCAAGAUUCAACAAUACAUGCCUUGAAGUCAUCUCUAUUAACAAAGCUUCUGAAAAACCAUUUGUACAACUGCCUAAGGUUGUGCAAGUGCUCCCAAAACCAGACGUAUGUUUGUGUGAUAACCAAUUAAUGGGUUCUGGUUGCAAAACUGCAAUCAGUUCAGUGGAAUCUUUGCCAGUCAAUGGAACUGAAGCCAGUACACAACUUUGUAUUAAAUCAUUCUCGACAUCUGAUACUAGUACGAGUACACAGAUGCAGGUAUCUUCUGCCUCGUCCAGGAAUGUCACAGCUUCAUCUUCCCAAAACCAUGGUCUUCAAGUUGUUUCUAAUUUUUCACCUGUGCAACCCAGACUUGUAUCCAAAGAUACAAAUCAUGCAGAGCAUUUGAUAUGUCAGGGAACUGAAAUUGUUUACAAACAACCCAUUAAUGAAGCUUUUAAAAGUGGAUUUGAAGAUCAAAAUAUGUGUUGUGCUGUAGUACAAAAUUUUAGAAACAAAUCUGCAUCAUGCAUGCUUCCACCAGGUAGUAAUGAAGUCUGCCACAUAGACAGUUCGCUUCACACACUGAAAAAGUAUGAAAAGAACAGGAAGAUGCCAGACAUGCAGUUAAGUUCAUUGGAACAUGGGGAAACCAUUGCCAAUGAUAUCAACAAGUCAGGACACAAUAACCAAAUAUUAGUUACAAAGCCAAAAACACAUAAGGAUUUGCAAAAAAAUAUUAAUUGUCCUAGCUCAGCAGGAGUUCCUAUCAACAUGUUUACUUCUCAGUCAACUAGCAGUCUGGCAGUCAUGAGCAAAGUAUAUGAUGACAAUGAACUAGGUAAAAAAGGAUUUUUAUCUAUUAACCCAGAUGCUCAUUAUAGUCAGGACACAUUACAAGGCAUUACAGUUAAUGCAGACUUAAGUGAUUUUGAUAGCCAUCAUGAUUUGGAAGGCAGCAAGUCCACUGAAGACCAUUUGGUUGAUACACAAUGGCCAAUAAUUUCCUCGGUGUUUUCUCUUAGCUCCAGUACAGAUAUACCAGAGAGUAUUAAAUGGGACAAUAUCCAAGACAGCCCUUUAUUUGCUUCUGCACAGAUCCUAAAACCCGAUUUAUGUCCCCUGAUUCAGGCAGAUUGUAUAAAUCCAUCAAAUAUGUUUGAAGAAAGAAAGAAAAAUAAAGAAUGCCAGAGAAGUGAACAGUCACAUCAUAAGAAUCUAGAACAUAUAUCCAGAUCUGAAGAUGUAUGCCUUGGUACCACUGCGGUUCGAUCAGUGGAAAGUCAAAAGCAAUUUAAAUUAUCCAGAGAUAAAAGUUUGUGUCUUUCCUUAUUACCGCCUGUGUCACCUAUUGAGAUCGAAGAUAGUUCUUCUGCACAUAGAUUUGAGCAGUUUGAUGAUGAUUUCCGUAUGACCCAGGAUGCACAUAGGUUGGAUUCUGGUGAAUUUUCUUUAAAUCAAACUAGUUCCAAUGUAUGUUUAGGACAGUCUCCUACAAGCUGUAAUAACACAAUAGUGGAGCAUUCCACCUGUGUUAAUAGUUUUGUACAGAUAAAACAAUUAAUUAGCACGCCUAGCUCUACUGAAAAUUCAACAACUCUGACGCAGAACCACCAAACUAAAUUGGUCUCUUCCCCGAAACUAAAUGUGUGGAAUUUAUCCCCAGAUGGUAUAUCCAUCCAAAGCAAAUCACUGCCAAACAUUCCAUUGUCAGACAGAUUUGGGAAACCUUCUGUUUCGCAUAAUAUUACUAGCAACUUUCUACUUUCACCUUCUCCUUCAGGGGUAACAAAUGUUCUUGAAGAACAAGUUCAGCAUCAGGUUGGACUUGUAAAGGUUUGUGAACCAAAUGGCAGCAGUUCUGAGCGUGUUUCCUUUUAUCAGAAUAUUUGUCAUUUCUCAGAAGAGGUACAAACAGAUGUGCCUAUAACUAGUGCUGCGAUGCCUUCAGUGAAACUCUGCCAUCAGCUUAGUGGUGAUAACAAAGACUCUUUGUUUUCAUCAAGCACAAAUUCUAAAAAUGUGAACUCUGCUGAUGCUACUGAGAACCAUGAACAGCUACCUCACAACCUUGGCCAAACACCAGAGCUUGCAGAAAAGUUAACGCUUUCACCUACAAAACUACAGAAUGUUUCACUCUCAGUCUUGUUUCCUGCAGGCAACCAAAGCAACCAUAAAAAAGUCCAAUUAAAGUUACCUGGUAACAGCAGAACACAUUCUGUGUUAUCUCCCAGUAUCAACCAUGGUCAUUGCUUCCCUGUACCAGUUGAUGCAUCUGCUCAGACUAAAUGCGUUAAUCAUCUUGUUAAUUCCCAAAAUACUGAUGAAAUUAGGAACAAUAAACCAAACAUGGGGCAGAAUGUGCUGAGUCCAAUUCCUCAAUUUCAGUCUAUGCCAGAAAUUCCUCCUUUAUGUACUUCUGCAUUUCCAGUCCAUUCCACAGAACCCCAAAUUGAUCCUGAAAGUGCACCACCACCUCAUCCUCAAAUAAAAGACACUGACUGCACAAGACAUGAAGCCACUUACAAGGUUGUUUCAAGUGGUAUUGUGCUUAGAGUAUUAAAUGCUGCUGAUGAGUCCAAACAAAAAGCCUCUGCGGCAAGAUGCAAGGUUGUCAACCAGUUGCAAAAAUUGAGUGAAUUCUCUUCGUUGGUUUCAGAAAGCACAACAAGAAAGUCAGACAUGCAGGCACCAUUAGUGACAAAGAAGCGCAAAGAACCUAAUUCUGUAAGUAAUUACUCUCCUAAAGCAAAACAGGCAAACAGAAGCUGUAAUAUGUCUUCUGAUUUGAUUGACCAACCAAACGUAUGUAAUACUACUACAAUUAAAUUAGUUGCUCAUCAGAAAUCUCAGCAGCUGAAGGUCAGCGAAGAAUUGCCAUUGAAACGGAAGUGUACCAGGAAAGGGAAAACAGAUCAAGUACAGCAUUUAAAAAACAUAGAGAAAAAACCCAAUCUUGUUCCCAUUGCUACUGAUAUUUGUGAGUUGGAGUUGUUAAAGACUGCCCGCAAGCUGAGACUCAAGCCAUUUAAUGACAGUCAGUUGGUGAAAUGUCCUCGCCGCAAUCAGCCUGUAGUUGUGUUAAACCAUCCAGAUGUAGAUAUUCAAGAGGUAACAAAUGUAAUGCAAACUAUAGGCAAGUACAGAGGACAUGUACUGAAAGUGGUUUUAUCGGAGAGAACAGUUAUUUCUCUCAAUUUAAAGAAAAAGCAACAAAGACAAGAGAUUGCAAAUCAAAGUAUUUUACAUGAUAAAUGGCAGAACUGCAAGGUAGUCAGUCCAGUAAAGGAAAGGCUUAUGUUGAAAAUGAAACUCAAAAAGAUUCACAAAAAUAAUUAUCAGAUUGUGAAUAAUACUCAAAAUGAGCAUUUGCAAUUUAAAUUCCACUGUUGGUUUUGUGGACGCAUGUUUUGUGAUCAAGAAGAAUGGAUUGCUCAUGGGCAACGUCAUUUAAUGGAAGCCACUCGAGACUGGAACGACGUUACCACCAUUCAAGAAACAACAGGAAAUGGAGCUGAAGUACUGGAUGUGGAAGGGAAAUCUAAUCAAUAAUUACAGAUCCAGAAAUUUAAGAACGCUAGUUGGUAUUAGCCUAGAAUACACACAAUGUAGAAUCAUACAUCUUGGUUCACUUACUGGCUUGAAAUCUUUAAAUGCUGCUUUAACUUUGAUAUAAGUUAUACCUUGGUAAUGUAAGUUACGUAAUGUAGUUUACUGUCCCUUGGCAAAGUGUGCAGUGCAGAAUAUUCAAAAGGAAAGCUAUUCUAUCAUUUAUCAUUGAAGGAUUACAAUUGGAAGAGACAUUGGAAUGUUCUAAUGUAAUACCCAUCACAAGAAAAUAAUACUGAAUGUACAAUGAGGAACUUGUAUUUAGAGAUUCUUAAUUUUGCUCUAAGUUCUGUAUUCAUUUUGCUCUUAUUUAAUACUUCACAUUUUGUAGAGUUGAAGUAAACUAACUUAUGAAACAAGUGCUUUUUUUGCACAGUUUUGAAAUACUUUGGCAUUUUAUUAGUGCACUUGGUGAAAUGUUGAAUGUUCAUUUCUGAUGUAUAGGCAGGUGGUGUCUGAAGUAUUUAUGCGCACCAUUUUGAAAAAUAUGCCAUGAAAUUCAUCUCCAUCAGCAGUGUUAAGUGCUAGUGGUGUACUACAGUGGUCCCCAACCACUGGGCCACAAAGCAUGUGCUACAGGGUCACGAGGAAACGAUAUGAUUUGUCGAUAUGAAAUGAUAAUCAGUCAGCUGCACCUUUCCUCAUUCCCUGUCAUGCCCACUGUUGAACUUGAGUGCACAUGAGGUCAUCAGUUGCCUAAAUGCAAUGAUACCCUCAUGCCGGGGAUCACUGGUUGGCCUCGUGCAGCCGGUGAGAUGUGCCGAUGCUACUGGCCUGCAGCGCAGACAUUUGGGCACCACCUCUAAUCCUGUUUAGCACACUGAAUGUUUGUGGGGAACCCAGUGCUAAAGUAUUCGCAGAUGACCUAAUUCGGGCCCAGGGUUUCGUAAGUAGCAGAGCAGCUACUGCGCUGCGAUCUACUGAAAGUCAUCCCUCGAACGAAAUUUUUGUCAGCCUAUAGAUCCUACCUACCUACAAAGAGGGCAGGCACGAGCCCCGUUGCACUCCUCGCUCGCUCGGUUGCUCUCUCUGGACUGCGACCGCCGCGACCCUGGCAUGGGGGCCUCCGGCCCUUACCUUGUCCACUCACCCCACCCACGACCAGCCGCACCUGGCCAAGGUGUCUGGCGGCAGGCAGGCGGAGGCUGGUGUUUGGGCCCGGAAGCUGUAUAAUGAGGCAAUGAAGCCCUCAAAACUGCUUCGGCACCUUGAGUCCAAGCACCCUGCACUUAUAAGCAAACCCAUUGAGUUCUCUGAGCGGAAAAAACGUGAGCAAGCGGGUCAGAAGCUAGUGCUGAUAACCACGAAAACUAAAUUGUGGAAUAGACUGGACAUAAAAGAACCCCCUUGGAGUAUUGCUUCCGGUCAUGAUUAACACCAUCACCCACCACCCCCCCCACCCCCUAUCGACCGGUCCGCAAGAAAAUUGUCAAUAUUAAACUGGUCCACAGAGCAAAAAAAUGGUUGGUGACCCCUGGUGUACUAUGCCUCACAAGUUCCAUUCCAUUGGAAUGAAUUAGGGAUUUGGUAUGCCAUGCAUUGGGUUUAAAUUUUUGUACUAUUGUAAGAUUGACUAAUUUCAACAUUAUAUUUGAUUUCAAUUGAAUAUGGUAAAUGUUUGGAGAUGGUGUGCAAUGUGCUGACAUUAGUUAUAUAGCAAAUUUAGUGCUCCGAAAUGGAUGAAUUUCAAUGCAAUAAUUUGUAGAGUAGAUUAAACACCACAGUUAAAUAUGUACAAGAAAUUGAUGUUUUUGCAUUUGUUCAGUUUAUAUUUGGCAUAAUAAACCAAACUUAGAGAUGUUCUUGUUUUAAAACAUUGCUUUUGUUGAGCACUUGCUUUUUACUCUGGACAUAUUUUAACUUUAAUAUCUUUAACGCUUCUAAAGAACAGACAGAUUGGAGCUCAAACACUUAAAUUUGUUGAAAACUUUUAAUUUCCUGUGCUACCAGUAUGAAAUAUUUUUGUAUUCAUUUUUAAUUAUGGAAAAAUACUGCUUUUUCAUUUAAAUUACAUUUCAUGCCAUUAAUUGUAUGUUACCAAUAUAAAUUCUGAAUUAGAAUCUUA